AUGGGAUUUACAUGCGGUUAUGGAAGGAAGAGAACAGUGACUAACUGGUGCCGGAGGAACUCGGACUGUGCUGCCGGUUCAGUACAGCUGUGCUGUGAUACAGGCUGCGGCUACAACGUCUGCCUUCCUCCUACAGGCCAUGUGAUCGACAAUGGCAUUCGGUCGAUCGAGAACGAUCGAUGUCCACCCAUGGCGAUGAUGAAAAUGAAAUGUCGAGAGAAUAGGCGUCGUAACAUCAACUGGUGCAACACCGACCGCGAAUGUCUGAUGUUGUUAGAUUCCAAUGUACCGCAGUCGUGCUGUCCCACGCCAUGUGGCUACAAUGCAUGUGUCGCUAACAACGGUUACCAACUUGCCUUCGGAUAA